AUGACCCUGUUGGCGGGCGAUGGCUCCGACUACGACUACAGUGCCCUGAGCUGUGCCUCGGAUUCCUCCCUCAACGGACCCCCCCUACAAGAGGAGGAGGCUCAGAAGGGGGCCUUCUACAAGAGGGCGCAGCGGGCCCCGGAGCUCAGCUCCAUCCAUGAGGACACCCUGUCCGGCGCCCGUAAACUCCACGCCAUCAUCAAUGUGGGCGGUCUGCGCUACCAGCUGCCCUGGACCACCUUGGAGGACUUCCCCCUGUCCCGUCUGGGCCAGCUGCACCUCUGCAGCAGCUUCGACGAGAUCAUGCGCAUCUGCGAUGACUAUGACGUCGCGCACAAUGAGUUCUUCUUCGACCGCAGCCCCUGUGCCUUCCGCACCAUCCUGACCUUCCUGCGGGCGGGGAAGUUGCGCUCCCUCAGGGAGAUGUGCGCCCUCUCCUUCAGGGAGGAGCUGCUCUACUGGGGGGUCCCCGAGGAGAGCCUGGAGUGGUGCUGCCGCCGGCGGCUGCUGCAGCGCGUGGAGGAGUUUGAAGCGAUGGAGAGAGCGGAGGAGGAGGAGGACCUGUUGGAGGAUCUGUUGGAUUCAGACAGUGGACGCAGGGAGCACGCGGCCGAGUCCAGGCUCAAUCGGUGCAUGGGCAAACUCCGGGAUAUGGUGGAGAGGCCUCACUCGGGCCUGCCGGGGAAGAUCUUCGCUUGUUUGUCAGUACUGUUUGUCACCAUCACCGCCGUCAACCUGUCCAUCAGCACCAUGCCCGCCAUGAGGGAAGAGGAGGAGGCGGGCACAUGUUCCCAGAUGUGCUACAACAUCUUCAUAGUGGAGACGGUGUGCGUGGCCUGGUUCUCCCUGGAGUUCACGCUGCGCUUCAUUCAGGACCGCAGCAAGCUGGCCUUCCUCCGGCAGCCCCUGAACCUGAUCGACGUGGUGGCCAUCCUUCCGUACUACAUCACCCUGGUGGUGGACAGCACCUCCCACGGGGAGAAGCGCCUGGGCUCCGGCAACAGCUACCUGGACAAAGUGGGCUUGGUGCUGCGCGUCCUGAGAGCCCUGCGCAUCCUCUACGUGAUGCGGCUGGCUCGCCACUCUCUGGGCCUGCAGACUCUGGGCCUGACCGCCCGCCGCUGCACACGGGAGUUCGGACUGCUCCUCCUCUUCCUGUGCGUGGCCAUCGCCCUCUAUUCCCCCUUGCUGUACUUGAUUGAGAACGAAAUGGCCGCCACGCAAGAGUUCACCAGCAUCCCCGCCACCUACUGGUGGGCCGUGAUCACCAUGACAACUGUGGGCUACGGGGACAUGGUGCCGAGGAGCAUCCCAGGUCAGGUGGUGGCUCUGAGCAGCAUCCUGAGCGGGAUCCUCCUCAUGGCCUUCCCCGUCACCUCCAUCUUCCACACCUUCUCGCGGAGCUACGUGGAGCUGAAGCAGGAGCAGCAGCGGCUGCUGCAGAGGAGGACACACUUCCUGCUGCGCAGCCGCAUGGCCGGCCUGGGCAGCAGCCUGUCCUUAGAGAGUGACGUGCUCUUCCCUAUAGGGGCGUCUGACGUCAGAGGCAAGGACAAGUGA